AUGCCUGUUUCCGGGCCUAUUAAAGAGCUUUCAGCCUCUGCCCAGCAAGUCAUCGAAGAAGCCUUCACCGGUAACCGAGCAAAGCUCACAGUAGGCUCUAAUCUCGCCGACCCUCGUAUUUGGGGCGUUAUCGCCGGUCAUAAAUGCAACGGCGUCACACUCGUACCUAGCUCACUAUGGGCGGAUAUGGCGUUGGUCGGUGCGCAGCAUAUAUGGAACGCUAUGCGGCCCGAAAGCGAGCUACCUGGCCUUAACGUCGGCGAGAUGGAGAGCCCGAAAGGCUUGAUCGCUAAGCUUCCACAACCCAGCGAAGGACAGUGGGUGGAGAUGGAGGCCAACGCGGAGCUCGACGCUAGCAUUCGCGACCAGAGAGGCAUCGUGCGGUGCAGAUUCAGGAGCAUUAAGCCAGACGGCACGAAGAUCCAGGAGCAUGCGUCCUGCACAGUUCGCUACGAGGACAAGGACAGCUGGAGGAAGUCAUGGGCAGCUCAGGCGGAAGAGGUGCGGAACAGCAUUAAGCUGUUACACGACGCCGCCUACUUCGGUGGCGCCCAGAAGUUGGAUGCUAGUCCAGCCUAUGAUCUUUUCGGACGUUUCGUCACGUAUGGCGACAACUAUCGCGGGAUGGAUGAAGUCGUCUUCGACGAACUCGAGGGUACGUCGGUUGUGACCUUCAAGACUGACACGGACAGUUAUACUGGAUCAUACCAUAUAGACAACAGCUGUCAUCUGUCUGGCUUCCUCUGCAAUGCUCUCGAUGACGAGAAGGAGGAAUGCGUGUACAUCUCCGAAGGCUGGCAUUCUGCGCGCUACUUUGACAUGAGCUUGCUGUGGGACAAGACAGAGAGUCAAGGCAGGUUGACGAACUAUGCACGGAUGGCUUACAAAGAUAAAGGCAUCGUUGAGGGCGACUUAUACCUCUUCAAGGAUGAUGCACUGGUUUCAGUCUGGGAGGGACUCAAGUUCAAGCGCAUACCCCGGCGGGUAAUGAACAUCUUCCUACCACGCCCUCAGACGUCUGGAGCUGGUUAG